UCGAUCGAUCGAUCGCUCCAUCCAAAAAACGAAGACUUAGGAGGACUGUUAGGCAGUUGAGGCCGAAACGGAGACGAGUCAAUCGAUACGCUACCAUCAUCACUCUUAGAGAGAGAAAAUGAUCACAGACGGAGCCGAAGACGAAGAGAAAUGGCUGUCCGCCGGGAUUGCUGGCCUCCAGCAGAACGCUUUCUACAUGCAUCGCGCUCUGGAUUCGAACAAUCUCCGUGAUGCCCUAAAAUAUUCUGCUCAGAUGCUCUCUGAGCUUCGAACUUCGAAGCUUUCUCCUCACAAGUACUACGCGCUCUAUAUGCGAGCAUUUGACGAGUUGAGGAAGUUGGAGAUGUUCUUUAAGGAGGAGGCUCGACGAGGUUGCUCUGUUAUUGAUCUGUAUGAACUUGUGCAGCACGCGGGUAACAUAUUGCCCAGAUUGUACCUCCUCUGUACAGUUGGAUCCGUUUAUAUCAGAUCUAAGGAAGCUCCUGCCAAGGAUGUUCUUAAAGAUCUGGUGGAAAUGUGCCGGGGAAUCCAGCAUCCUGUACGCGGGCUUUUCUUAAGGAGUUACCUCUCUCAAGUCAGCAGGGACAAAUUGCCUGAUAUAGGUUCUGAAUAUGAAGGUGAUGCAGACACCGUUGUGGAUGCUGUGGAGUUUGUACUUCAAAAUUUCACGGAGAUGAACAAACUUUGGGUGCGGAUGCAACAUCAGGGACCUGCCCGGGAAAAGGAGAAACGGGAGAAAGAGCGGAGCGAGCUACGUGAUCUUGUUGGGAAGAACUUGCAUGUCCUCAGUCAGAUAGAGGGAAUUGAUCUCGAGAUGUACAAAGAAUCUGUUCUUCCUAGAGUCCUUGAGCAGGUUGUCAAUUGUAAAGAUGAGAUUGCACAAUUCUAUCUGAUGGAUUGCAUAAUUCAAGUAUUCCCUGAUGAGUAUCACUUACAAACUCUUGAUGUAUUGUUGGGUGCUUGCCCCCAGCUUCAGCCAUCUGUUGAUAUCAAGACAGUGCUAUCCCAGUUGAUGGAAAGGCUUUCAAACUAUGCUGCUUCAAGUUCAGAAGUGUUGCCUGAGUUCUUGCAAGUAGAAGCUUUUUCCAAAUUGAGCAAUGCCAUUGGGAAGGUGAUAGAAGCUCAAGUUGAGAUGCCUACUGUUGGAGUUGUAACAUUGUAUUCGUCGCUUCUUAAAUUUACUCUUCAUGUACACCCUGAUAGACUUGAUUAUGCAGAUCAAGUAUUGGGAGCAUGUGUUAAAAAACUUUCUGGCAAAGGGAAGAUUGAAGACAACAGGGCAACAAAACAGAUUGUUGCACUUCUAAGUGCUCCACUUGAGAAAUAUAAUGAUAUUGUCACUACCUUGAAGCUUUCAAAUUAUCCCCAUGUGAUGGAAUAUCUUGAUAACGAAACAAAUAAAGUCAUGGCUACAGUUAUUAUUUCAAGCGUUAUGAAAAAUAAGACUCAUGUAUCAACUGCUGACAAGGUGGAAGCUUUGUUUGAACUAAUAAAAGGGCUUAUUAAGGACUUGGAAGGAAAUUCUGAUGAUGAGAUUGAUGAAGAUGAUUUCAAUGAGGAGCAAAAUUCUGUUGCUCGACUUAUUCAGAUGCUCACUAAUGAUGAUCCAGAAGAGAUGUUCAAGAUUAUAUGUACUGUGAGGGAGCACAUACUUACUGGAGGGCCGAAGCGUUUAGUUUUUACAGUUCCUCCCUUAUUUUUCUCUUCCCUAAAGUUGGUUAGGCAAUUGCAAGGCCAGGAGGAAAACCCUUUUGGAGAUGACACAGCAACUUCACCAAAGAAAAUAUUUCAGCUUUUAAAUCAGACCAUUGAGGCUCUAUCAAUCAUUCCAGCACCAGAACUGGCUUUAAGGUUGUACUUGCAAUGUGCUGAGGCUGCAAAUGACUGUGAGCUAGAACCUGUUGCGUAUGAAUUUUUCACCCAAGCGUAUAUUUUGUACGAAGAGGAAAUCUCGGAUUCAAAAGCACAAAUAACCGCAUUACAUUUAAUAAUCGGGACCCUUCAAAGGAUGCACGUCUUUGGUGUUGAGAACAGGGAUACUUUAACACACAAGGCUACAGGGUAUUCUGCAAAGCUUUUAAAGAAGCCCGAUCAGUGCAGAGCUGUUUAUUCUUGUGCACAUCUCUUUUGGGUUGAUGAUCAGGAAAACAUGAAGGAUGGGGAGAGGGUUUUAAUAUGCCUGAAACGGGCUCUGAGGAUUGCAAAUGCUGCUCAGCAAAUGUCAAGUGCAGCCCGCGGUAGCGCUGGUUCAGUAACACUUUUUGUUGAGAUAUUGAACAAGUAUCUCUAUUUCUUCGAAAAGGGAAACCCGCAGAUAACUGUUGCUUCGAUCCAAAGCCUGAUGGAGUUGAUUACGACUGAAAUGCAGAGCGACUCUAGCACGCCAGAUGAGGCUACCGAUGCGUUCUUCACAAGCACAUUGCGGUACAUUGAGUUUCAGAAACAGAAAGGCGGUGCCAUGGGAGAUAAAUACGAGCCAAUUAAAGCUUCUUCAAUUGCUUGAUGACAUGUUCAGUUUCUUUUCCUGUUUUGAAGUUCAAGAUGGAUCUUUUUCUUUUCUUUUCUUUUCUUUCUAUCGACUGUUUCUACGUGAAACCAAUUUUAGAUCUUUUAUAGGAAGUUUAUAUGUGUAUGCAUUGCGGUUAUUUGCCACAUCCAUUGUGUGACAUUUUAGCGUGUCUUAAAUUAUCAGUUUAUUUUCGUA